UUCCCCUUUAGCCAAUCGGCAAAAACCCCUUUGUCCAAAUCCAAACCCAAACCCUAAUCCAUGGCGAAGCUAUCCUCGGCGCGAGACUUCCGCACUUACGGCCCGCCCACAACCCGAAACAGCUGGGAAUACAUCAACGCCGGAAUCUACAUCGCCGCCGCCGUCCUCCUCCUCGCCGGCUUCGUCGCGCAGCUUUUCCCGGCGGGAAUCGACGGCAGAUCCGGUCUCGCCGUCAUCAUCAUCGGUUUGAUUCUGAUCGCGAUCGUCAACGCUCAUGAUCUCAUUGCUCAUUUGAUCGGCAUUGAUUUCUCCAUCCCGUUGAUUGAAUUCGACCCUCAGUUGGCUUUUGUGGAGAUUUCUGUUCCUCUGUGGCUCAUCGUCGGCGAUGCUCUUACUGCAGUUGCUGUCAUUCUUUUUAUGGUUCAGAAGGAGAGAGAGAGCUACAAUUGGAGAUUGGAGAAGCAUGCCACGAACCUGUUGAUAGCCGGACCGGUUUUUUGGCUAUUGGGUUCGGUUCAAAAUUUGAGCCAGGUUUACGAGCGGUCCAACGGUCUGCUCCAGAUUCUGCAGAAUAGCGUUCAGAUUCCAUUUCUGAUGGGCAGUCUCCUGUUUUUGUUAGGAGGGAUUUUCAGCAGAUAUGAAAUACAUCAUUCCUUCAAGCUUGUGGGCAGGAGCUGGGCCUGGUUGGGCCUAUUUGGGAGCCUCUUAUUUCUAAUUGGAGGCCUAAUGAAUGUGAUAAAAGUGUCCAGAAUGCAUAAAAUGGAUAAGGUUAGAUUAGAGAGCCUUAGAGGGGGUGCCCUUGAAAGGCUCAUGAGAGAGAGGGAGGGUAGGGUGCCCUUACUCUUAGAGGGUAGCGGCCGGCGACGACAAUCGUCAGAAGAUACAAUGCCAACUUCCAUCGCUCCGAUGCCGAUACAGAUACGUACCGAUGGUGCCGGUGGUGGUGGUGGUACGACAUCAACGCCUUAUAAGGACGUGCUUGUUAGUGGUGGAGGUGGAGCUUGAAGCUUUUGAUUUAGUUUUGGAAUAUGUUUUAUUUUUAUUUUUCUUUUAGCUUGCUUUAUUAUUAGAUAUUAUCAUAUGGAUGCUUAUUUGGAGUUAGAGAUAUC